CAUUAUCGGAUCGGGUCCCCGGGUGAACCGCGAUGGCUCCUGUAACGAAGAUUGUCCUCGUAGCGGCGUUGUCGGCGGCGCUGUGUCUCGGAGAAGAGUAUCCUCGAACGGAAGUGGUUCGGACCAGCACAGGACCCGUCAGAGGUAUCGUGAAACGGACGCCAUGGCACAACGUCACCUACAACGCCUUCUUGGGCAUCCCCUACGCGGUACCACCGCUCGGUAGCCUAAGAUUCAAGGCUCCGGUUCCGAUCGAGCCAUGGAAUAAAACUUUCGAGGCUACGCGGCAAGGAUUGGUCUGCGCGCAGAUAGACUUCUUCUCGACCGAUUACAUAGGGGUCGAGGACUGUUUGUCCGUAAACGUGGCAACCCGAGAGAUCGGCAACUCGUCGCAACUGAAACCGGUGAUGCUUUGGAUCUACGGAGGAGCGUUCUUCGCCGGAUACAGCAACUUCUCCCUGUACGGGCCCGAUUUCUUCCUCGAAGAGGACGUGGUCUUCGCGAGCUUCAAUUAUCGCGUCGGUGCUCCAGGAUUUUUGGCGUUGGAUCUUCCCGAUGCUCAGGGCAACGCCGCGAUGAAGGAUCAGGUUCUGGCUAUGCAGUGGGUGCACAAGAAUAUCGCGGCCUUCGGCGGUGACCCCGACCGGAUCACCAUCUUCGGCGAGAGCGCCGGUGGCACUUCCGUCGGAUUGCACCUUCUGUCGGAGAAAUCCAAGGGACUCUUCAAACAAGCGAUCAUGCAAAGCGGAACACCUCUGACUCAAUGGGGCAUCCACACGCCCGACAAGGCGUACGUGAACGCUCGAAAUCUCGCCGCCAUUCUCGGCUACAACGGAGUCGGCGACGAGGGAUUGCUCGAGUUCCUCCACGGUGUUCCCAUAAAGGAGAUGGUCUUGACGACCUUGCAAGUGGACGUUGGUUUCUUGCCGUUCAGACCGACGAUCGAGAAUCCUAAGAACUCGCUCGAUGGCAGCGCGUUCUUGACCGAGUGUCCCAUACAUUUGUUCGAGUCCGGAAAGUUCAACAAGGUGCCUGUCAUGAUGGGUCGCACCUUGGACGAGAGUCUCUUCUUCAUAAACUACAUGGUCGGCAAGGACGGGAAGCAUUCGCAGUCGAUAGCAACGCUGCUGAGGUACGCGAUGGGUGUCAACAAAAUCGUGGACCAAGUGCUGGGCAGCGUAACCGCCAUGAUGAUCGACAUGACGCCCGACGCCUUGACGGAACUCGUCGUCGAUCUGGGAACCGCCACCAUGUUCACGGCUCCCAUCGAUCUUACGCAGAAACUGAUGGCGAAAGACAACGGCGGUUUUCCCAUCUAUUAUUACCUGCUCUCUUAUCGAACGCCGUGGAGCGUGCACUCGUUGUUGGGCGACACGGUGAACGGAACCGCUCACGUCGACGACGUCGGCUACCUGUUCAACGUUGAAAAACUGAACGCGCCGAAGGAUCCCGAGCAUCCCUUGAACGUGUUCCGGAAGAAGAUGGUCACCUUGUGGGCGAACUUCGCUAAAUACGGAAAUCCAACGCCGCGCAACGUGAAAACCAAGGGACACGCGUUCGACGUGAUCUGGCCCGACAGCACGGCGACCGGUGCGCAACUGGAGAUCAACGAGGACGCCGUCGUGAGAGAGCGCGCGAUCGACAUGCUGACGGCGACCUACCAGGACGGUCUGAAGGAGAGAUUGCCCUCGGAAACCGCCUGCGAUUUGUCGGCUUCCUCCGCCGAGUCCACGACCAAGGCGUCGGGCCUCCUGAGUGUCCUCUUCAAAUGA